UAUGGUAUUCUGUUAGGACUUGAAAGAGUUAUGAAGUCGUUUCCUGCGUAAAUAACAACAGAGACUUCAUUUUCAAAGAAGAAGAAGAGAUCACAAUUAUAAACAAUGAGCGCUGGAAGCGACUUUGCACAGCUGGCUACGGUGGCAGUGGCCGUGAAAGGCGGUGGCGGUGGUCAAGGAGGCAGAGGAAGCCGCCGCGCUGUCCGGUGGGCGGUCAAUAAUCUCGCUGAUAAAGCCGAUCGGUUCAUCCUGAUUCACGUAACUCCUGAAAUUACUUCUGUACCAACUCCAUCUGGAGAACAUAUUCCCUUUGAGAACCUAGAUGCAAAUGUUGUGAAAAUGUAUGUUGAAGAAGUGAAAUCAAAAUGCGAAGAAAUAUUUGUGCCAUUUAAGAAAUUGUGCAAACCGAGAAAGGUGGAAACUUUGGUACUGGAAGGUGAUAACGUUGCUGCAGCCCUUCUUAACUAUGUUUCAAACUCGGAUAUAAGGAGUUUAGUGCUCGGAUCCUGCUAUUUCAAUUGUAUUCGAAGGAAGCUGAAAAGACCUAGCGUACCAUCUCUCAUGCUAAAAAAUGCUCCUCAGACAUGUGGUGUUUUUGUUGUUUCUAGACAUAGACUCAUGGCCACUUCCUUGCAAUCUUUGCCAACUGACGAGAGUAGCUCUAAGAGCUGGCUAUUUAAUAAACAGUAUCGCGGUUCUUUUCACAGCAUGAAACUUAAAUAUAGUCUUUAUGCUUCUUCUACUGGUCAUAGAGGCAGUUACAGUUUUGGAACAUCUGAGGCAUUAUCAGAUCACAGUUCUAUGAAUUCUCGACCAGUUGGUGAAGGAAACAGAAGUUUCCAGAAUGCUGAUGGCAGUAUUUCAGAAAAUCAAAGACUUUCUACCAUAUCAUCAUCAUCAUCAUCAUCGAAGAAGGUAGAUGUCCAAGCUGAAGUGGAACGAUUACGCCUGGAAUUGCAGAACACUGUUGUCAUGUAUAAUCAGGCCUGCGAGCACCUGAUCCAUGCCAAAAACAAGGUCCGUAUGCUUUCGUCAGAAUGCAUUGAGGAGGUAAGAAAAGUAAAUGCUGCACAAGAAAGGGAAGAAAUGCUUAGGAAAAUAGCUACUGAGGAGAACCAAAAAUAUUUGGUUGCUAUGAAGGAAAUUGAGAAGGCAAAAUGUUUGCUCUCAAUAGAAGCUUAUGAAAGAGAAUUAGCAGAGCUAAAAGCCCGAUAUGAUUCCAUUGAGAGAAAGAAAAUUGUGGAUGCACUCCUUUCCAAUGACAGAAGAUACAGACAAUAUUCUGAAAAAGAAAUUGAGAAUGCAACCGAUUCCUUUUCUGUCUCCAAAUUGAUUGGAGAAGGAUCUUAUGGAAAAGUAUACAGAUGCCAACUUGAUCACAUUCCAGUUGCUAUUAAAGUUUGUCAGAACAAUGCACAUGAAAAGAAAGCGGAAUUUCUAAAAGAGGUUGAGAUACUUAGCCAGCUACGUCACCCUCACCUUGUUCUGCUUCUUGGUGCCUGCCCAGAAAAUGGGAGCCUUGUUUACGAGUACAUGGAAAAUGGAAGCCUAGAAGAUCACAUUUUACGGAAAAAUUGUCUCCCCCCUCUUCCUUGGCCAGCUCGUUUCCGAAUAUUGUUUGAAGUAGCUUGUGGGCUCGCAUUUUUGCACAGUUCCAAGCCCGAGCCCAUCAUUCACCGCGAUGUAAAACCAGGAAACAUAUUUGUAGACAGAAAUUACGUGAGCAAAAUCGGAGAUGUAGGAUUGGCAAAGCUUAUAUCUGAUCAGAUUCCCGAUAAUGUGACAGAAUAUCGGGAAUCAAUUAUUGCUGGGACGCUUCACUACAUGGACCCAGAGUACUAUAGAACUGGCACGGUUAGGCCAAAGUCAGAUUUAUAUGCUUUCGGAAUAAUUUGUCUUCAAAUGCUGUGUUCUCAAUCUCCGAAAGAGAUUGUACCGAAAUUCGAAGCUGCUUUGAGUACUGGUUGUUUUGUUGACAUGCUGGAUGAUUCAAUUAAGGAUUGGCCAUUAGCUGAAGCUGAAGAACUUGCGAAAAUUGCUUUGAAGUGUACUAGACUCAAAUGCAGGGAAAGACCAGAGCUGGAAACUGAGGUUUUGCCUAUUCUGAAGAAGCUUUCCAUUGUUGCAGAGUCUGGUAAGAGUAAGCAAAUUGAUGACAUGACCGAACCUCACCACAAAGUCAACACGCCUGACCACUAUUACUGCCCAAUCCUCCAGGAAGUUAUGGAAGACCCUCAAAUAGCUGCAGACGGAUUCACAUACGAGCACAUUGCAAUUAAGAAAUGGCUCGAAAGAUAUAACAUUUCACCAGUCACGAAAACCAAGUUGAAGCAUAAAAUACUAGUCCCUAACCACACUCUGCAAUCUGCCAUCAUCGAAUGGAAGUCACAACUAGCACUUCCAUUCGACGGUUGAAGAACAAAUCUUCAUCGCAGAUAUCGAAAAUUUGAUUGGUUGUUUUGUUUUGUUUGUGGAAUUAGUUUGUACAGAUUGCUGUGUAAAAUGUAAGAUAUAAUGAAUGGUAUAUAAGAUUAUGAAACUAGUGUGUUUAUCAUUUAUUUGAA